AACAGAAGAUUACAGCAACAGAAAACUGUCAUGGCGGCCACCGUAAGGCUCAUAUCAAGGUUGACCCUGGUCACUGGUGGAGGCAGCGGGAUCGGACGCGCCGUGUCUCAACGCUUGGCCUCUGAAGGCGCCUCAGUGGUGGUCGCCGACCUCAGCGAGGAUUCAGCCAAUGAGACGAUGGGAAGUCUCCAGAGUGACCUCAGAGGUCAGAAUCACAUGGCGGCUGUGGUGGACGUGUCGUCGAAGGACAGCGUGACGAAGCUUUUGACCAGUAUUCAGACUCAUUACUUUCAGCCUCCCUCAGUGUGUGUGAACACUGCAGGCAUCACGCAGGACGACUUCCUGCUCAACAUGGAGGAGGACCAGUUCGACAGAGUCAUCCAGGUCAACCUGAAGGGCUCUUUCCUGGUCACUCAGGCUGUGGCUCAGGCUCUGGUGGCCUGUGGAGCUCCUAAAGGAUCCAUCAUUACUCUGGGCAGCAUCGUAGGAAAGGUGGGAAACCUCGGCCAGGGGAAUUACGCUGCAUCUAAAGCUGGGGUUGAAGGUUUAACCAGAACCGCUGCGAAGGAGCUCAGCAGGUUUGGGAUUCGCUGUAACUGCGUGCUGCCUGGGUUCAUAUCCACCCCGAUGACGGAUAAAGUACCAGAGAAGGUUCUGGUCAAGAUGAAGUCACUGGUUCCUCUGGGUAGAAUGGGUGAACCUGCAGAGGUCGCAGAUGUUUGUGCCUUUCUGGCUUCAGAUGACUCUCGCUACGUCACAGGCGCCAGCAUUGAAGUCACAGGUGGACUUUUCAUCGGGUAAAAAAAGCAACAAUCUGCAGAUGAACCUCAAGAAGAAGCUAGUUUCCUCCAAAUAAAGGGGCUGAUUAACAUCAUUUACUUGUAGUAAUUAUUUAAAUAUGAUUGUGAUGGACAGUAUUUGUAAUUAUGAAGCUAAUUUUUGUACCAAUAAACACCUGAAUGCCAUGUUGAAUAGCAUUUUUCAUUAAAGAUGUUAUUAAAAACUUGA